GAUAAACAACAGAAUACAAAUACAUAGACAAACCCCCAAAAACAAAACCAAAACAACCAAUGAGAUAACGUAAAGUAGAUAAUGAUAUAUAAAACUCAUUUUCCACCUUCAAAUAUUUCUCCCUCUCCAAAAUUUCCUUCUCUUCAACGGUAUAUACUUCCAGCAUCUCCCCAAUUAUCCCUCCUUUUUAAGCAUCUUCCAUUUUCGACCUCCAUUACUUCUCUCUCUACUUCCCUCUUCUUUCUCUUCAACAAUGGCGGCAACUGCACAUUCUUCGCUUCAACAUAGUCAUGGUUCCGCUUCUUCUAGUAAUAAUCGAAUUUCUCUUUCUUCUUUUACUUUUACUGAUUAUACUUCUACUUUUCUUCAUUUUCGGAAACAUCUCGUUUCUCUUUCCUCUUUGAAUUCGAUAUCGUGUUCGAAUUCGAAUUCGAAUUCGCAAAUUACGCGUGUUUCUACGGCGCCGGUGGAGUUUGCAUCACCAGCUCCGGAAUUUGAUUUUUAUAAGGAAAUUGCUAGGCUUAGAAGUUUGAAAUUGAAGUUAUCGAAAGCGGAAAGUGUGAAGUUGAAGAACCGAAUUAUUGAUAGAGAUUCGCGAGUUAAGCGAUUCUUUAAUUCGAGUAAAAAUGAGUUUUCUAGGGUUUUGGAAUCGGUGGAAUUGGAUGAGUUUGAGAUGUAUUUGAUAAAAUGUGUAGUUGCGGUCAGGCAAGAGCAUGUAAUUAGCUACGGAGUAGAGGACGAGGGAAGUAAUAGUAGUAGGAGUUCGUUAAAGAGUGCGUUGUUUUCGUUGGCGGAGAUGAUUGAGAGCUGGGAUAUGGCAAGUGCUGGUUCAGGGAAUGCUAAGAUAGGGAUGAGUAAGUUAAUGGAGGACGAAGUUAAAGCUUUGAAGAAGUUACUCAAGACUUUGGCUGAACUGGAAAUGUUUUAUAAUUGCAUUGGUGGAAUUAUUGGGUACCAGAUAACAGUGCUAGAGCUUCUGGCUGAGUCAGUUCAUGGGCAAAACAUGAAUAGCUCUCAGCACAUGAAGGAGUCAAUGAAAUGCCAAUUUGUGGAAAUCCAUGCCCCUGAGGGUAUUGACCUUUCUAAAAAUGCAGAGUAUGCAUCACAAGCAGCUAUAUGGGGAAUUGAGGGUUUACCAUACCUUGGUGAAAUUUAUCCUCUGGGUGGCUCUGCAGAUAGGCUUGGUUUUGUUGAUCCUGACACAGGUGAAUGUCUUCCUGCGGCUAUGCUCCCCUAUUGUGGACGAACUUUGCUGGAAGGACUCAUCAGGGACCUCCAGGCUAGAGAAUACUUGUACUUCAAGCUAUAUGGAAAGCAAUGCAUCACCCCUGUUGCUAUCAUGACAAGUGCUGCUAAAAACAACCAUGAACGCAUCAGUUCACUUUGUGAGAAACUUCAAUGGUUUGGAAGAGGUCGAUCAACAUUUCAACUUUUUGAACAGCCUCUUGUUCCUGCCAUCAGUGCCAAAGAUGGUGAAUGGCUGGUUUCUGAACCAUUCACGCCAGUUUGCAAGCCUGGAGGUCAUGGGGUGAUAUGGAAGCUUGCUUAUGACAAGGGAGUCUUCCAAUGGUUUUACAAGCAUGGGCGGAGAGGUGCAACUGUUCGGCAAGUCAGUAAUGUUGUGGCUGCAACAGAUUUGACCCUUCUGGCGUUGGCAGGAGUUGGUUUGCACCGCGGAAAGAAACUAGGCUUUGCAUCUUGUCAGAGAACUCCUGGGGCUACUGAAGGAAUCAAUGUUCUUGUUGAAAAGAAAGAAAUAAGUGGGAAGUGGGCUUACGGAUUUUCAUGUAUCGAGUACACCGAGUUUGACAAAUUUGGGAUAUCAAAAAGCUUGCUAGCUGACUUCCCAGCCAAUACAAACAUUUUAUAUGUCGAUUUACAAUCUGCGGAGGAAGUCGCAUCACGUAAUGAUGAGAGCAGUUUACCUGGAUUGGUUCUAAAUAUCAAGAAGCAAAUUGAAUACAAAGAUUAUUAUGGCAUCAAGCACAGUGUCUCUGGUGGCAGGCUAGAAUGCACAAUGCAAAAUAUUGCAGAUAACUUCUGCAAUAAAUAUCCAUCUCGGUUUUACGGAGUGAAAGAAGACGUUCUGGAUACGUUUAUGGUGUAUAAUGAGCGACGAAGGGUGACCUCAUCUGCCAAGAAGAAAAAAAGAGUUGGAAAGCCUCUUCACCAGACACCCGAUGGGGCAUUGCUGGAUAUUAUGCGAAAUGCCUAUGAUCUUCUUUCCUAUUGUAAUAUAAAGAUUCCAGAAGUUGAAAAGAAUGAAAUCUACAUAGAGUCUGGCCCGCCAUAUCUCAUCUUUUUGCAUCCUGCUUUGGGUCCACUUUGGGAGGUUUCUAGACAAAAGUUUCAUGAAGGUUCCAUCUCCAAGGGCUCAGAGUUGCAAAUUGAGGUUGCCGAAUUCUUCUGGAAAGACGUUCAGCUUGAUGGCAGCAUGAUCAUUAUUGCUGAAAAUGUGAUGGGUGCUAUGGGGACUGAUGAAAGUGGGGAACCUGUAUUAGAGUAUGGUCACAGAUGUGCAAGGUGUAAGUUGCAGAACGUCAGGGUACUGAACAAAGGAAUUGACUGGGAAUCUGAAGGAAAUAUCUUCUGGAGGCAUGAGGUUCAUCGAGAUGAGUGUUUGAAGAUUAUGCUGCAUGGAAAUGCUGAAUUUGAGGCUACUGAUGUUACUCUUGAGGGGAAUCAUGUUUUUGAGGUUCCUGAUGGUUGUAGGUUGAAGGUUACCUCAACAAAUCCAGGUGUAUCAAUGCAAUUAGAACCCAUCGAAGAUGCAAAGAAAGAUACGGGAAGCUGGUAUUGGAGUUACAAGAUAGAUGGACCUCAUGUAAAGUUGGAAAUGGUAGAAUCUUAAAGGACAUAUAGCAUAUAUCUCUAUAGCUGAUGUGAAUAAUUGUUCACAGAACUCGGGAUGACCUAAGUUUUACUAUUUUUCCUCUGAUUGGUUGAACAGAAGUUUAACCUUGACAAGGCAAUUCUUUAAUAAGGUAUUGUAGAAGAGAUUAGGAAAGGCUUGUAGUUACCGUUUUCUUUGUUGCUCUUAUUUCCCUAAUGUAGCAUCUAUCUGUACAUGAUAUGUAAAAUAUGACAAAUAUUUGUAAAUUUUGUUCAAUAAUGAAGUAAUAUUAUAGUGUCAGUUAAUAA